AUGAGGCAUGACCUCUUUAUUAAUAACGACCCUGACGAGCCAACAAGGCCUCAUAAGCCUAGAGAUUCUACAGCAUCAUUUGAAACAUCUACUGAGCCUAGGGUCUCAAUUAUUGAUCUCACAAUCAGUAGUCAAGCCCUUGGCCCUCUAUCUGGAUGGGAAAUUGAAAGCCAGAGGCUCACGCCAUCAGAUCAUGUUAUGAUCUGGGCUAGCUGGGAACCUCCAGCAACUAUGAGUACAGAGCCCACAAGGAAAGAAGUCACAGGGUGGCAGAUAGAGGCUCUACUAGGAGACAAAAAGGCUCUGCAGGAGGCAAAAGACACCUGGAACGAACUAGCAAAGACUCAACCAAUACUAACAGACACAACCUCAACAGAGGAAGUGGAACGUGAAGCUGAGUGGAUCGAGAGAACAUUGACAGAGGUCCUGAACAAGCACUGCAAACAGAUCAAGCUUUGUGCUCGAUCUAAGCGGUGGUGGAACAGUGAGAUUGAGGCAGAACGAAGCGUGUAUUCCAAGGCUCGUAAGGCCUACCAAGCGGGUGAGAUUAGCGAAGAGGAGCAUCGAGAAGCACGCACCACACCAGCUCUCACCGAUGAGGCCUCAGGGGAGGUGAUUGCAGCCACCUUUAGCGAGAAGGAGGAGGUUUUUAGACACCGUGCAUUUCCACAGGCUCCAAACAGUAACAUGCAGUUACAGCUUCCUGAGCGAGGAUCGGCCCACAAGCUGGUCAACGAGGAAGUUGUCAAGAAUGCCCUCUUUAGCCAGGGACUAGAGAAAGCUCCAGGUACAGAUUUACUGAACUUCAGGGCUAUCAGGCUCUUAUGGAAUCUAGACUCAGAGCGUGUGGUUAGCCUGACUAGGCAGUGCCUCAGGCUUGGGAUACAUCCACGUGUCUGGAAAACAGCCAAGGGAGUUCUACUGAGAAAGAACGGUAAAACCAACUACACACUGGCUAGUGCGUAUCGAGUGAUAAGCCUAUUGAAGUGCCUUGGCAAGGUGAUUGAGAAGCUCGUGGCAGAGUUAAUUACAAACUUUGCAGAGGCUCAAGACCUCUUCCAUGAUGGUCAAUUUGGAGGCCGUCAGCAACGCAGUGCAAUUGAUGCUGUGGCAUGUCUAGUGGAGGAGAUCCAUCAAGCUUGGGCAAAUGGGAAGCUGGCUGCAGCUCUAUUUAUGGAUAUUGAGGGGGCCUUUGACCAUGUCAUCCUAGCAAAACUGGUAGAGGUGCUCAGAGAGGCUAGCGUGGAUGGAGAUCUUAUACAUUGGGUGAUCUCAUUUCUAUCUGACCGGCGAGUCACUCUUGUGAUUGAUGGACACGUGGGAAAGGAAGUACCGAUAAGCUCUGGGUUACCUCAGGGCUCUCCGGUGUCACCCAUUCUCUUUGUUCUAUACGUUCAUGGGCUAUCAAGAGCCAUUGAGAGGAGUGUGCUAGAGGUUCGAUGUCUGUCCUUUGUGGAUGACCAAGGCCUAGUAACAGCCGCAAGCUCAGUGAAGGAGGCUUGUAGGAUCCUCGAGAAAGCCGCGGAAGUAGCCAUCGAACGUCAAGUGGCCCAAAACGUAUCUCGAGCCCGGAUCAGGGUUGGAGGCGAGUUGGCAACUGUCAAAUCUACAGUACGGUGGCUAGGGAUACUCCUAGAUAACCAACUUACAUGGAAGAGCCACUACAACGCUCGAAUUAAGACAGCAAGAAAUACGAUAAUCAGGUUAAACUCACUCUGCAGAGCUAAUGGGUUACCCCCAGCAUUAGUGAGGCGCAUACAGAAGGCUACAGUGCAAGCCCAAUUGCUAUGGGGUGCCGAGAUAUGGUGGCAAGGCCAGAAAACAUGGGCACAAAGGAUCCAGAUUCUAAUCAAUAAGCAAGCCAGAGGUAUUACGGGCAUGUUCCCAAAAACCCCAAUCGGAGCCCUAAUCAGAGAGGCAGCGUUAGAGCCAGCGACAGUCUUACUGGACGCUAGAGUAGCUCGAUAUACAGCGAGGCUACUAGCUCUGCCUGACACGCAUCCUACAGCGCAGAUACUUCCAGUCACCCUCAGACAUGGUGACCUCCACGCACAACCUGGAGAGCAACCACUGGACGACCGUGAAUGGGCCUCUAGAGACAACAAGGUGCUAAAUCGACUUGGCCAAAGGCUUGCAAAGCACCUUGCUCAACGGUUAAACAGAGACCCCUCUGGGGGAAUCGAAAGAACUGAACGAUGCGAGCUCAAAAGCUUCCCAGGCUCAAUCCGAGUACUUGACAAGGAAGAGGCCCUAACAGAGGCUAAUCAACAGCGUGCUGGAACAACGUUUUGGUCAGACGGCUCUAGACUCGAUACAGGACGUGCAGGAGCCGGUGUCACUUUACAGGCUGUACCUGGAGGCCCCUGGGAACACGUAGAGGUGCCAAUGGGCCACGGACACGAGGUCUUUGACGCAGAACUAGUGGGAGUAGCCACAGCCCUUGAAUGGGCACUGGAGAGGCAACCUCUUGGUCCUAUCUGGGUGUUCCUCGACGCGCAGAAUGCUAUUGAUCGCCUCAGAUCGACAAGGCCAGGCCCUGGGCAAGCCCUUGUUCUUAGGGCUCACAAGGCAGCUGAGAAACUAGCCUUGAGAGGCCAGCCAGUCACAAUACAAUGGGUCCCAGGCCACUCAGGGAUUGAAGGGAACGAGCAGGCUGAUCAAGCUGCUAAACGUGCAGCUAGUAAACAAACCGCGCCUGGUUUUGAGCACCUAUCUUUAGCGCACGUUAGAAGGGCUUGCACGGAAGCAAGGAGAGCCGCAGUAUCUGAAUGGGCUCAAAUCAAUGCUGUACAAGGCAGGCAUAGAGAUGGACGUGUCUACAAGAUGCCUCGAGGUUGGAACCUUGACCCAGUGGCAGGAAAAGCUCCGAAAAGAUUGGCUAGUCGAUACUACCAGUUAAAGACAGGACAUGCCCCAAUUGGUACCUAUCUAUACCGGAUAGGCCGACGGGAAUCGCCUGAGUGUCAGGCCUGCAAGGAGCCUCAUGAGACAGUAAGGCAUGUACUCUUUGAGUGCCGUGGACGUCGAACAGGACGAAGAACUCUCUAUCAAGCCCUCAAAAAAGCAGGCGUGCCACUGCCUACAGCGGCUGAGGAAGACCCCGAGGCUAGGCUAUUUGCUGAGCCUAGAGCGACGCAGGGCUUGCUGCAAUUCGUGGCUGAAGCCAACCUAUUCAAUGAUAAGGAGCGGACAGCCAGAGAGGCUGAGUCUAGUGAUGCGUGGGGGUGGGAUACGUUGGAGGAAGGUGGCCUAGGUGUCACAUUGGAGGAUGAAUAG